CCCCCGCCGCAGCCCCUGCCAGCCCGCGUAGCCCUGGGCGUCCUCCUGGCGGGGGAGCUGCUGACCAGGUGCUUGGUGUCCCGGAUGGGGGCCUGCCUCCCAUUCAGGCUCCUCUCUCCGCCUCCUCCACCCCGCCGGACCCCUGCCACAGAGAAAUCAGGCUUCCCAGAACGAUUGCACCACUGCGGCUGCCGCCGGCCUGGCACUGCCCCCAAGCCUCGCAGUCCUGGCAGCUUUGAGGCAAGAACCCUGGGCGGGGGCCCACAUACCCAGAGUGCUUCAAUGGCUCAAAUCCUCCCCUGCACAAACCACAGAUCUUUGUGGGAUUUGGACACAGUCACUUCAUAUUUCCAGAACAUGGAUCAGGAGAUGUGAAGUGCUUCUCCGGGUCUGAGCAGUGUUAUUACCAGAGCUGAUGUGUAGGGUUAUGGAUUCUCCUGUACCAGAGCCAAGCCCUGGAUCCUGACUGAUGGAGGAAAACAUUUUUGGUAUGUUGUGAUUUGUGGGGCCUCGGGUGGUACUGGGAGGGAACAGGGAGGAGGGGACGGGAUGAAAACAAGCCUUCUAUGAAUGUACCUUUUAUAUGGUUUUGACUUGGGAGUCCUGUAAAUGAUUUGCAGAAUUCAAAAGCAAAAUUAAAUCAAAAGGGGAAAAAAAAUCCAACUUGAAAACCAUGGCAGUAAUAUGGAUUUUACUGAAUGCUUGAUAGGGAGACAAAGGGAGGGUUAUAGUACACACAGCACCACACACACACACAGACACACACACAACUCCUGAGUUAGACAUUCUUUCAUUGUUUUACCCCAUCUCUUAAUCGUCAAGCCUGAACAACCUUUAAAACCCUCUUCUGUUGUCCUAGCUAACAUCUCUCACCUAGCAACACAAGUGCCCUGCACUGAGCACAGCAGAAACCAGCUGUUGUUCCAGCAGGCCCCUUGGGGGCAGAUGCCUGAGAGUUUGAGAUCACACCACUGCAUCUUCAUGAUAAAAUUCUGCAAGGAUAGCACCUCCAGGCAUUAACUUUUCUCCAGAUCUGGUUUAUUUUCUUCUCAAGCACUGCGAAAUAAAGUCAGUUGGUGUUGGUUCUCUUCACCAACACUCUCCAAUCUUCCUUCUCCAGACUCUGAAUAGAGGAGGACCCCUGCUUUGGCAACAGCAAUUUUGAACCGGCUCUUAUCUGAAACACAGUCCUGGAGGAGAAAGAAACAUUAUCAAGUCAUUAGAGAUACUGCUUGGGUCCAAAUCAAACCAUAACAUUCACGAUCACCACAAUGGGAGUGUUUACAACCUCUCAGCACCAGGAGGUGCCUUGGCUUCUCCAAGGAGAGUGAUGGGAAGGGCAUCUGAGCACUUCUUUUUCAUUGAGGUCACGUGGUAGUUUCAGCCAUUAUAUUUCUAGCUUAAGAAUGGAGAGCAUUUUGUAGUAAUGUAUUUGUCACAAGAAUUUUGCCCACAGGUAACCUCUGCCUGCCCACAGCUGGAAUGCCUGCUGAAUCAAAGGUUGUGGCUUUUUAAAGCUGGCUUUGGCUAAAUAUGUCUCAGAUCACUCAAAGGGGAGGCCUUGGUCCCAAACUAAUGGAAAUAUUGGGUCAGAGGAUCCUGCCAACUCCAAGGUCUUUCCUGGUGUGGAAAGCUGGCUGGUUAAUUACACACAGUGCAGGCCCAGCAAAUAUGCUGAGUUUGAUUUUGGACACAUUGAGUUUGGAGCACCAGUGGGAUAUCCAGGUGCUGUCCAUGGACAGGAAAGCAGUUUGAACCUGAACUUUGCAAGAGAUUCAGGCUGAAGAUAUAGAUUUGAAAAUUAUGAUGCAGAGGUGAGAGACGGUCCUGGUGGAGACAGAAGGAAUACAGGAGAGGGUAAUGUCCAGGGGCCAAGGGUGGAGGAAGUGGUCACGGGUGUCAAGAGCUGCAGGAAGAUAGGUUAAGAACAUUUGUCCUUGUUCACUGGACAAGUAAGAUUUCUGAAGAGGACAGGUUAUGGGUAAUGGGAUCAAGAAUCUUGAAGAGGAGGUGGGUGUGUCCUCCAAGAGUUGAAACUGGGGUAAAUGCACAGUGGGACAACAAAAACAACCAGCAACAAUAACACAAUGGACUGUGAUCUGGGCAGGAGAUUAAACAAAUCUUUAUAUUAUUCUCCUUUGUUUAGAGAGGUUAUUAGCUUUUUGUGGCUAGAGCUUAGAGGGGGUUGGGGGCAGAACCAGACUGUUCUGUAAACUCAAAUAACAAUGGGAAGUUGGAGUCUGAUGACUAGAGAAAGGGAGAGGGGAAAUCUCAGUAGGAACAGGAAGAGAAAGGGAAAACAUGUCUCAGAAAAUACAUUAAGUCGAAGUCUGACAGAUGUGAGUGAGAAAGGCUGGGGGAAAACCAGUAGGGUUUGAGAAAUGGCAGUCCGUGCCCUGCACUUAUAGUGUAACCCCUCCUGGGAGCCCCCUAUCUGAGUAAAGGUGUGCACAUACCUCAGCUUUGUAUCAGUGGUGCAGUGGUGCUUUGGGGAAUGAAGGAUUCAGGCAGUGUUCAGGGUGGGGUGAUGGGGACAGACACUUUCAGGAAUCCAGGCCAGAGUGGAGAUCAAGAAUUCAAGGUGCCAACUAAAAAUUGUCACAAGCCAUUGUAGUCACUGACCUUCCACACACCCUGACAGGCAUUCAGGAUGGAGAUCAGGAAUAAAGCACUGUGUGCUCUGGGAAAAACUGGUAGAACAGGCCUUCAGAUAGUUACAUAUUUUCAGAAGAAGAUUUUAUGAGCCCAAUUUCUUGCAUCUUCUCAAAUGCAGAAAAGCACUAAAAUCAUUAACAGAGAUAUCUGCUCCUUGUGACUAGCAGCAACCUUCUUGUGACCAGCAGCAAUUUUCUGCCGAAAUAUGUGCUUGAUUGCAUGUAUCCUCCUUCACCAAAAUCACAUAUAUAUUGACCACCCCCCUUCUAUCUUUGGAGCAGUUCCUCAGAGCUACCUGAAAGGCUGUCUUCCCAGCUAAAGUCUUCAUUUUGCCCUCAAAUAGAACUGACAACUCUCAUAUUGUUCUUUUUUCUUUUUCCUGCCAACAAAUGCAAGUAGGAAACUAAAGCAAUGGUGGCCAGGGGAAGGAUAAGACCCCCAAGUAUCCUUGGCCUUCAUAGCACCAGGCUUCUCAAUAUAUUUGGGAUUAAUAUCUUACGUAUUUUGAAUAUUAUUUGAGUAUUAAAGGCUACAUUUUUGAGGAGCCUACUAAAGCCACCCAGGUGUAGAUAUCUAACUAGAGUGUUGAAGUAGACAAAUGAAUAGGGCCUGGGCUGGGAGGGUGAGCUGUUUCCAUACUGUGACCUCAUUUUCUCACCGACAGUGAGAUAAUCUGCUAAGGAUGCUCAAACGUCCUGAGAAAAUCUUGAAUAGAGCUUGAGGAAACUGUUUGGAAAUAGCAGCUUGGGAAUCCUCUGUCACAAUCUGUUUCUCCUUAUGAAUUGCUUGUGAGCAGGCACAUCUUAAAUAUUUUUUAUAUCCCCAAUGCAUUUGUAGAGGCUCAGUAAACUGUAGAGCAAUGAAUGAAUGGAAGAAGACGAGGGAGCAAGUCUGAGGCUGCCCAGACGGUGCAGUCCCAGAACCCAGGUCCGAGACAGUGACCUGCCAUCCUGCACCUGAAAAGAUCAAGCCCCGAGGCCAAGAGAAAAAGCAGCCCCGGUAUUAGCCCAGUCCAAAAGCCUGCUCCUUUAGGAGGCGGGGCUGGGGGGCGUAUUCUGCCUCUGCCCAUCAACUGACCAAUCCCCGCCUCAAGGGGGCGGGGACUUUAAGCUGUUUCCGCCCCUCCCUUUGUAAAGUACUAAAUAGUUUGGGCGCCGUUCAAACGGACCAAUGAGUGCUCGAUAUUUCCUGUGGUCGGGCCUCACCGAUUGGCCAGAGUUCUUCGUCCCUCCCUCCAUGCCACGCCUCUUGCCCCUCCCUUUCGCGCACAAGAUGGCGGCGCCCAGCGAAGUAGAAGCCGCGCCGGGGGUUUGCUGAGGCUCGCUCCCUUCCCCACUGCCCCUUUGGGCGCAAAUCGCCGCGAGCGCAGAGGACGGGGGCCGGGCGGGGGACAGGGGCACCUGCGUCGCUGGACUGCGAGCCUGCGCCCAGCCUGCGCCGCCCCCACCCGGCCCCGGCCUGGCCCGAUUCCUUCCGUUCCCGGUCUCCUGGGUCUGACCCGUUGCCCGGCCGUGGUACGUCACCACCAGGCCUUCAAAGCUGAGGUUUCUCUUCUAGCCCGGGAUCACCUCCACUUUGGAAAUGUUUGGCCUCUUUCCUCCCAAACAGCCCGCCUUCAAAACCGGGACUCCUGGACCGGCACCUGGCUCCCUUUCCCUCACCUGAGACUCCACUUCCUUCCAACCCACUUCCUCAGAUUCUCCCUGGAUUGGAGCCUGCUCACUUCUCUUCCAAAUUAAUUCCUGAACUCCCCAAAUAUUGACAGUUCUGAGACCCCCCCUCAACCGGGAGCCAGACUUCCUUUUGGAUUAACCUCCAUAGCACUAUCAUGGAAGCUGUGUAUUUGGUAGUGAAUGGGGUGGGCCUGUUGCUGGAUGUGCUGACCUUGGUGUUGGACCUCAACUUCCUGCUGGUGUCCUCCCUCCUGGCUUCCCUGGCCUGGCUCCUGGCCUUCAUCUACAACCUGCCACACACGGUACUGACUAGUCUUCUGCACUUGGGCCGCGGAGUCUUGCUUUCACUGCUGGCCUUGAUUGAAGCCGUGGUCCGGUUCACCUUUGGGGGCUUGCAGGCCUUGUGUACCAUACUAUACAGCUGCUAUUCUGGUCUGGAGAGCUUAAAGCUCCUGGGGCACCUGGCCUCUCAUGGGGCGCUUAGGAGCCGGGAGAUCCUGCACCGGGGCGUCCUCAAUAUGGUCUCCAAUGGCCAUGCUUUGCUGCGGCAGGCCUGUGACAUCUGUGCCAUUACCAUGAGCCUAGUGGCCUAUGUGAUCAAUAGCCUGGUCAACAUCUGCCUUAUUGGCACUCAGAACCUCUUCUCCCUGGUGCUGGCCCUAUGGGAUGCAGUGAUGGGGCCGCUGUGGAGGAUGACGGAUGUGGUGGCUGCCUUCCUAGCCCACAUUUCCAGCAGUGCUGUGGCCAUGUCCAUCCUCCUCUGGACCCCCUGCCAGCUAGUACUGGAGCUCCUGGCCUCAGCUGCCCGCCUCCUGGCCAGCUUUGUGCUUGUCAAUCUCACUGGCCUAGCGCUGCUGGCUUGUGUGCUGGCACUGACGGUGAUUGUGUUGCACCCGGACCUCACCCUGAGGCUGGCCACCCGGAUGCUCAGUCAGCUCCACGCCCGGCCAUCCUACCACCGACUCAGAGAGGAUGUUGUACGGCUGUCUCGUCUAGCACUGGGCCUGGAGGCCUGGCGCCACAUCUGGAGCCGAAGCCUGCAGCUGGCGAGCUGGCCAAACCGGGGAGGGGCACCUGGGGCCCCCCAGGGUGGCCCUAGGAGGGUGCCCUCAGCCAGGACCUGGCGACAGGACACUUUUCCUGAAGCAGGGCCCAGAUCAGAGGCAGAAGAGGAGGCAGUCAGGAUGGCCAGGGUGACAGCUGCCCGAGGCCGGGAGAGGCUCAAUGUGGAGGAGCCUGUAGCUGGGCAAGACCCAUGGAAGUUGCUGAAGGAGCAAGAGGAGCGGAAGAAGUGCGUCAUCUGCCAGGACCAGAGCAAGACGGUGCUGCUUCUGCCUUGUCGGCACCUGUGCCUGUGCCAGGCCUGCACCGAAAUCCUAAUGCGCCACCCUGUCUACCACCGCAACUGCCCACUCUGUCGCCGGGGCAUUCUGCAGACCCUCAAUGUCUACCUCUGAAGACUCCCUCCCUGUCUGCCCACCCCUCCACGCUCCACGCAGCCACCUGCGCGAGGACAGCAUUAACACCCGAUCUCUGGGUCCCAGACUGAAUCCCCUCCUGCCCUCUGCCGAACCUGAAGCCAUACAUCCAGGUCACUGAGAUGGGAAACCUGGAAGACUGUGACUUGGAUGGGGGCAGGGUAACAGCUUUUCCUUACCUGGCGGGUCCCCGUGAUGCUGAGUGUGGUGAGUGUGUCUCACCACUCAGUGUGAGACUCUCGACUCCCCUUCAGCUUGCCAGGGCCCAGCCAGAUGCAAGUGUCUGGGGCUCCUCUUCUCUGCUUUGGUGUUUCUGUUGGGGAUUUGUAGGUUCUCUCCCUGCUCCCUCCUCACUUCCUCCCCAGCUUCUGCAGCCAUACGUAUCAGUGUCAUUUGCGUGUUUUGGCAACCCUAAGGCCUUGGAAUGAUCUUGAACGUUUGCUUCCAGCUGGAGCCGCUGUGCCCUGGCAGGCUUUGGGGGGUAGUAUCUCAGGUGCCCUUAAAGCUACCACUUGUAGCUGUCAUGAUCUUAUGAGGCCCCCUCCCAACCUGAUCCAACAGCUGGGAUCAAGAGUUAACCCCCGGGGAUGUGUGUGUGUGUUUGCACCUGGCUUUGGGACCAUGUACCCUCUGGCACCCCAGCACCACUGGGAGCCUCAGGAGGGAUAGCAGAUUUCUACUCAUAUCCCCUUCACUCCGCACAUCACAGAGAAAAGUGGUGUUCCACUUCUGUUAGUCUCUUCUUGGCACUGGGGAAGGCAGACUGCACAUUGCACUAGGGUCCAAAAACAGAAGGGGCCAGGGUGUAGGGGCGUGCAGCUUCCUAAGGGGUCUGUCUGGCCCAGGUUCCAGGGAAUAAAGUCCUGUUACAGCUCUGA